AUGGCGUCUCUUCGGUUUACGGCGGUUGUAAUUUCCCUUGCUCUCUCUGUAUCUGUACAUGCAUGGCCGCAGAUUCCAAGUGAAUCAAGGUUCUUCGGGGAGGAAAUACGCGCCGACAGCAUUGUAUCUGAUCCGUCGUCGAGAAGCUUGCCUGUUGUUGGGGAGAGCAUAUCUGCGGGAACGUUGCCGAUACCGAGUCUCGCAAACCGAGAUGCGUUGGAGUCGUCCACAACGGAAAAUAAUGAUAAUUCCUUGCCAGAUUCGCUUCCAGAGGAUGAGAAGAGGGAGCUGCCGGAGGUACCCAUCUCUCCAGGUCUAUUGACCUUGCCCAUCGUUCACGUAGAACGGCCAGUUUUGCAAAAGAGAGGCGUUGAAGUUCGGCUUGAUAAUCGCUCAGACUUGGCCUAUUAUGCUCAACUCUACAUUGGCAACCCUGUUCAAAAGGUCCUCGCACAAUUAGACACCGGAUCCUUCGAGCUCUGGAUCAACCCAAGCUGCCAAGAACUCGAUCCAGGGGACAAGCAAUUCUGUGAAACUGUAGGAAACUACGAUCCUUCAAAAUCGUCAUCCUCACAAGUCAGCAAUUUGAACGCGAGCCUGAGAUACGGCAUCGGUUCCGCCGAAAUCACCUACGUCCUCGACGACAUUGCCCUCGUCAAUGGCCCCGCGAUGAAGAAGGUUCAAUUUGGCGUCGCAACAUCCAGUAAGGAUCAGUUUGCCGGUAUUCUUGGCAUAGGGCACGGAAUCGGCAUCAACACCGCGUACAGGAACUUCGUGGAUGAGCUCGCCGACCAGGGAAUCACCAAGACCAAGGCAUAUAGCGUGGCACUGGGCAGCAAGACCGACAAGGCUGGCGUCGUGGUAUUUGGCGGCGUAGACUCUGGCAAAUUCACAGGAAAGCUGGCUCCGUUGCCGAUUAUUCCUGGCAAAAACUCUCCUGAUGGUGUGGCACGAUUCUGGGUCACGCUCAACUCGAUUCAGCAUACCCCUGAGAACGGCAAGACAACCGACCUGAGUACGAAUUCUAUGCCGGUGUUUCUGGAUACAGGUGCUACGCUCACAUUGCUGCCUCCCCAACUUGCGAAUCGGAUAGCCCAGGCGGUUGGGGCUGGGAAGCCAGACGAAGGUGGGUUUUACCUGGUCAGCUGUGAUCUCGCCACCAAGAAUGGCACCCUUGAUUUCAACUUUAACGGGGUUACAAUCAAGGUUCCCUACAGGGAAAUUGUCCGAGAGAUCUCAGGGUCACCGCCAAGUUGUUACCUUGGUAUCAUGCCGAGCACGUCGUUUGCCCUGCUGGGCGACACAUUCUUGCGAUCCGCAUAUGUGCUGUUUGACAUUUCAAAAAACAUGACCUACAUGGCGCCAUAUGUCAACUGCGGCACCAACACACAAACAAUCGACGCAUCAACGGACGUGGCAUCCAUAGUGGGAAAAUGUUCGAAGCAAGUAGGAACCGAUACAUCAAAGCCGGACGGCAGCCCGGCCGCCAAGCCUGGGGGAGGAAAUACCGGAGGAGGAAAUACUGGGGACAAGCAAAAGGAGAGUGGAGGAGAGACCUUGGACGUGGCCUGGAAUUGGUAUGGCGUUUUGGCAGCAUUUGCAAUGGGAGCUCUCGCUCUCUGA